UGCUACAGGAGUUUUUGUUUUCUUUGCAGCCCGCGCCGCGCCGCGCGUCGCGCGCGGAGACAUGAGCUGGAAGCAGAACUUCAAGGCUCACCGGGUGGCGGCCAACGCGGGGUUCCUGGGGGAGAACUUCAUCUACCACCGGGAGAUGGAGUCAUUUCCCAUGGCGAUGCGAACGAGAUUGAGGGUCACCAAGAAGGGCGAGAAAGGCGCCACGUCACAGAUCUCCAAGUUCUUCAACAACAUCUACCGACAGCUGCUGCCAGGAGGCCGCACUGGCAGAUGGGGCCUGCUGCUGGGGGCGUCCCUGCCACUCGCGGGCUGCAUGGUGCUGUACACCAUGGUCAGCACCAUGGGCAACCAGGACACGGCAGCGCGCUACGAGCUGGAGUUGGAGAAGCAGAAGGCCGUGAUACAGGCGAAGAAGGCCAUGUCAGUCUGAGUGCGUUGCAGUUCCGGUUUUGGGUUUGCAGGACUUGAAGUCC